CCGUCGCAAUACCCCUACAUAGAUACGCCGGAAUUAAGAGGGUGUACUUAUGCUAAAAAGAUAAAACGAUUUGAACAAAAUAACUUACCAUUACAAACAUAUUCGGAAUCUUAAAAGGUGUUUUUGUUUAAUAGGAUAAUAAGCCUUGAGAAAAUUAGUUCACAUCAAAAGGCGGUUUUCAUAAAGAGGUCAUUUCUUAAGACUAAGACGAACAGACGUAAAGGACAAGCUUAUGAUAUCUUUGUAUUACAAGGCUACGAAAUAAAGACGAUCAAGAAUGGGCAUGGACGAUAAAAAAUUGCCCUUUUGCGAAAGUAACAAGUGUUCCUGUUUGGUGUUUGUGUUUGUUGUGGCCGGUAUUGCAGCUGUUGUAUGCGUGACGUUCUUAGUAGAUGAUGUUCGAGACAUCUAUGAUCAUGACGGUAAAGCUGCUGGAACCCCCUGGUGGAAAACUACGAUAAUAUACCAGAUCUACCCAAGGUCAUUUCAAGACAGCAAUGGGGACGGAGUUGGUGAUUUACAAGGAAUCAUUUCCCGAUUAUCGUACUUCAAUUACUUAAACGUUGGAGCUAUUUGGCUGAGCCCAUUUUUUACGUCACCAAUGAAAGAUUUCGGAUAUGACGUCAGCAACUACACUGAGGUUGAUCCUUUGUUUGGCAAUAUGAAUGACUUUGAUAAUCUAAUGAAAGAGGCAAAAAGUAAAGGUAUAAAAGUGAUCAUCGACUUCGUACCUAAUCAUACCAGUAAUGAAAGCAUUUGGUUCAAACAUAGUCGUAAUGCGAAAGACUCGAGCGACCCAUUCUGGGAUUUCUAUAUUUGGAACAAGGGAACCAUGAUAAAUGGAACGAGGGCGCCACCAAAUAACUGGGAAAGCGUAUUUGAAGGUUCAGCAUGGGAAUGGGAUAACGUAAGAGGCGCCUAUUAUUACCAUGCGUUUCUUGCCUCACAACCAGAUCUCAACUACAGAAAUAAACGUGUGCUUGAGAAAAUGGACGAAGUAGUCAGAUUUUGGAUGGACAAAGGUGUUGACGGACUUCGUAUUGACGCAAUUCCACAUUUGUUUGAAAUUGCUAAUCAAUCAUUAGAUGAACCAAAAGGUGCGACCAAUGGAUUUGACGAGAAUUUGCACAAGUACUUGAAAAACCAACCAGAAAUCUAUAGUGUUGUGAAACGUUGGAGAGCUAUCCUUGAUACAUACGAGGCUAAAGAUGAUAACAGCAGAUUUCUCUUGGCCGAGACUGUUGGCAUACCACAUGAAGCCAGAUUAAAAUAUUACGAAGCUGGCUCUGUACCAUUUUUCUUCAAUCUGAUACCUGCAGAAGACAAGUGUAAUGCAACAGCACAAUGUUUCAAAACGCUCAUCAAGGAUGGUGUUAAUCUAACAGAAGGACUAUGGCCGAACUUUGUAAUAGGCAAUCACGAUAAUAGAAGAAUUGCUGAUAGAAUCGGACAAGAAUAUGUUGACGCAAUGAAUAUGAUGCUUUUAACACUUCCCGGCACACCAACAACGUACUACGGGGAGGAGCUGGGCAUGCGCGGUGGUGACUACUCUCGAAUGACACCAAGAGAUCCAUAUGCUAUAACAUCGCACGAUCCAACAAAGUCUCGAGACUCAGAGCGAAAUCCUAUGCAAUGGGACACUUCACUGUUUUCCGGUUUUACAAAUUCAUCCCAAGGUCCUUGGCUACCAAUAACUAUAAAUACUGAAUACAUGAAAGUAAAUGUCGAGAUUGAGAAGAAUAAAACUGGUUCAAGUCUAGAUCUGUAUAGAACACUAGCUGUAUUAAGACAGAACGAGGCAUUUAAAAGUACAAAUAUAGAUUUUCCAAAAAUGAAUGUUAUGAAUGUAUUGAUAUAUAUCAGAGGUUCAGGAACAAAUCGUUAUUUAGUGGCGCUGAACUUGGGAGAGGAAAAUGACGGAAUCAACAUAGCAGGUGCAGCAAAAAACGCUACAUUAACAUUUUCUACAAAACCUAGACAAGGUUCCUUAGAUUUAUCAAACAUUCAACUUAAGAUUGGAGAGGGAAUAAUUGUCCAUUUGGUCGAGUAACUAAUCUGGCUGGUGUAAAGAAUGAUUUUAUACAUUUUGCCUAAUUAUAGAUGUACAUAAAUUUAUGCAUGUAAACAUUAUUUUCUUUAUACAAACACAUAUUUACAAAAUUGAUUCAUCUUUGAGUUACAUGUUCCAAUUCCUAUCUAUUUAAUAAUCUCGACUUUAGUUCCUUUGAUUCUCUAGGUAAGUGUAUAUUUGCAAAACCUUAUUUGUUACCUUACAAAUUUUACCAUUUCAUGUUUAAAUAUUGAAUCCUGGUUAAGACGGUGCUUGUGGACAUAGACGGAAACUUGCACUUACCCUACCGUCCAUGAACAGGUUCAAUCAAACCGAGUCUGCAACAGUUUUAAUUUUGUUGUUUUGGACGUUCUUUAGGGAUUUUAUUUUCUCCUAUUUUACACAUCGAUGUUUAAUCGAUGCACAUUUGAGUUGUUUGUGUUUUUCAUUACACAUGUUCAAUUACAAGAAGAUUAUAUUUUAUAGCCUUAUUAAAUCAGUAUGAUGGCAGAAAAGUAAAAUAAGCCAAGCUUAUCAUUCGAGUGUGAAUGCUACUUUAUAAUUGUAGUUUCGUUUAUAUGUAUACAUUUAUUACACAGAUUAUACACAGAUAUAAAAUAUUGUAAAAUCA